AUGAUGAAGUUCAAGUCCAAGAGGUUUGGGAUUAGAUUCGGAUUUGGUAAAAGAAUCAACAACAAAGGUGCACAACAAGAACAGCUACAACAACAAAAAGGAUUGGGUAGUAACAACAACAAUAGUAGCUGCGGCAACUGUGAGAUCAAAUGGGAACUUAGGCCAGGAGGUAUGCUUGUUCAAAAGAGACAAGAGAGCAUUGGUGAAGACUUGAUCUCCAUUAGAGUCUCUACUUUUGCUCAUUCUCAUGAUCUCUCCAUUGAAGCCACCUCCACUUUUGGAGAACUUAAGAUGGUAUUGUCAUUGCUUACCGGUUUAGAGCCAAAACAACAAAGGCUAUUAUUCAAAGGGAAAGAAAGAGAGGAUGAUGAAUAUCUACACAUGGUUGGUGUUGGAGAUAAAGACAAAGUGUUGUUGUUAGAAGAUCCUGCCUUCAAAGAGAAAAAGCUUCUUGAUCUUAACAACAUUUCCACUUCUUGUCCCACUAUAAUCGUAUAA